GAUCGAUGUGUAAAGUGUUUCGAAGAGCAUCAUUUAAAAACACGGACCCAAAGAGUUCGACAUCAGUUUAGUAAUUUGUUUGACUGGAGUCGAAAAAUAGAUGUAAAGUGUUACAGAUUUGCAACUCUAUGGGAUUUUUUAACUUCUCAAGGUCGAAACAGAAGAGCGAGUGUUGACCGUAGUCGGUUUGUUAUGGCUGAGUGUGCCGUGGCCACAGCAAAAGCAAAUGUUAUGCUGUAUGAUUCGAAGGCUAGUACUUGGAUCCCAAGUGGCCCAGGACAUGGCAUUUCCAAAGUUCAACUAUAUCACAACACGUUAACUAAUGCCUAUCGAGUUGUUGGAUGGAGGUUACCAGAUCGUGAGGUUGUUAUUAAUUGUGCCAUUGCACGUGGGUUAAAAUAUCAUCAAGCGCGUCCAACGUUUCAUCAGUGGCGUGAUAGUAGACAACAAGUUUACGGCUUGAAUUUCACAUCAGUUGAAGAAGCAGAUGCAUUUGCUGCCGCUGUUAAAUCAGCUUUAGAAAGUCUAGCUGCACUACAUUGUCAACAGGCUUUACAAGCUCAACAAUGUAAGCCUCCUGUCACUUAUGAUCAGUUGGUAUCAAAUGAAACAACAACAACUACUACUAUUAAUCAAGAUAUGCAACUAAACCAAUAUCAACAAUCAAAAUACCAAAUACCAAAUCAACAGCUAUCAUCGAAUCAACAAGUAACUAACUAUACCAAUAAUAACAAUCAGGCAUAUUCUGCACAACCUGCGGGAAUAUUAGUCCAAAAUCGUCAGAUUUCAUCCUCUGACAUAACUGAACCAACUGAAAGUUACACCGAUCAGAACAAAGCAUUGUCAUCAUCGGCAUUAUCGAAUCAGCAGUCUGAUCGAGACACUUUAUGCAAUGAUUACAAUGAGGCAAUUGUGAACAGUGUAAAUAAUAUUAUUUUAAGUGAUAAUCAGAAUGUCUACCCGGGUUAUACAACAACAUGUAAAACUAAUACCUCUAAUCUUCAGAAUACUGAAAUUCCACGUCUUAAAUCAUCAACGGAACAAAAUGUAUCCGCGAUAAAUGGUUGUUCAAUGAAUGGUAAUACAGAACAUGGUGUAAAUUGUGAUUCACCGUAUUAUUCAUCUUCAGACGAUAGUGUACGUAAUCUUCGUGGUCUGCCUAAUGGAUCCAAUGAACCUCAUGUGAAUCCAACUUCAUCCGUGACGUUGAACGCUUCCAAUUUUCCCAAUAACAAUGUUAAAUUAUUAGGUGGGAAUUCAGAUGAAUCUUCUGUCAUUACCAGAUCUCUUUCACCAAAUCAAUGCACUUCAAUUAAUAAUACCAAAUCCCAACAAUUGAUUCCCGCUCCACCACCACCGCCGCCACCACCUCCCCCGCCUCCUCCACCCCCACCAAUGGCUAAUAUAGCUGGGUCGAAAAAUUGGCAUCAAAAUACCACAACAACAAUAAGUAAUAAACUGUCAGGUUCACAGUCUGCUGCCGAAAAUUCCGAUACUAGUGACCAUGAUAGUGUCGCUGAAUCUGGUAGUUUAGAUGCUCAAUUACGUAUGGCCAGACAGCAACGUAUUCGUGCUGCUUCUGUUGCUGGUCUAGGAUCUUCUGAUUUUGCACCAACCAUUUCUGGCCCACGUACUCAUGGUGUAGAUAUGAUGACUGAUCUUCAACGUGUUUUGGCAGCACGUCGACGUGCUAAGGAAGCUGAAGAGGAUUCGAAUGCUACAACUGGCGUUAUUUCUACACCAAGUAAUAACACUUCGACAUCAACAGCAUUUAGUAACUCAAAUAAUGAUCUACCAACUCCUAGUUCUCCUGUUCGUUCACAUUCUGUCAUAACAAACGCGUUUCAAGGUCAGAAUUCUUCCAUAAAUACUAGUUCAUCCGUUGUACCUGGUUAUGCUACAUUACGAAAAGUUUCCAGUCCAUCUUUGGAUUCAACAACAAUUAAUUCUCUAUCCAACUCUUGUUCAACUAAUAAUUCCAAUAGUGGAAGUACAACAGUAAAUCGAGCUGAUUUAGAAGCAUUUAAGCGUGAAUUAAUAUCGGAAUUUCGUCGAGAAGUUCAACAAUUAAAAAAUGACGUAAUCGAAGCUCUUCGUGCAUCUUCUGUUCGAAAUUGUUAGUUGAACUAUAAUGAACCACUGAUUGAUGAUCAUCUUCAACAUCUUCAUAGAUUAAAUGAAAUGUUUGUUCGCUUACCUUACUUCUUUCUCUUGUUGUUUUCUUUUCUACACUUUGACUGUCCUUUCUCCAUAUUUAAUCAAAGAAUAAAGAAUAUUAUUAAUACAAAUAAACAAUGCUCACCUAACAUUCCAUAAUGUUGAUAAUAAAUAGUCUGUUGAAAUUGUUCUUUGGUGUAAAUCAUCUUAAUGUUCUGUUUAUUUAUAUGGACACAUUAUAUUAUUAUUAUGUGUAUCAGUCAACAUAUUGUGCUUCUGCUAAAACGUCAUUUUGGUAAUGAUAGACAAAGUUGAUUUGGUAUUGUUGUUGCCCUGAUUUCUGGGCUACGUACAUUUGUGUGUGUAUGUGUGUGUGUAAGUCUGUGAGUAUAUCUGUUCAACUUCCUUACAUACAAACGACGCACUACCCCUAUUGGUACAAUUUACUCUGAUAUAUGCAUUUCAUUGUUAUCCUGUAGUUGUUGCUCUCGUUUUUUCCCCAUUUCUUAUUGUAUAUUGCAGAAUUGUUUGCUUAACUUUUCUCUGUCUCUGUUGAUUCCACCUAAUAAUGGUAUGUUUUCUAUGAUGCUAAUAAUGAUUAUAACAACAUUUUAAGAAAGGAUCUGUUAAGAUAGUUAAGAAUUAUUCAUUUAAAAACCUGAUUUACACUUUGUUUGUUCUUUAUUUGACUUCAUUUAAGUCAAUGUUUACAUUUUAUUCUCUAUCUAUUCGUCAAUUUCUUUCUUUUAUUAUAAAAGUUGCCUAAACUCGUAUAUAUUGUUGUUUUGUGAUCUAUGCACACACUAACCUUCAGUCACAUUUUGUGUAUUUUCACUUACUAGGCUUUCAUCAUUUGUAAUGUAAUUAAGUAAAUCAGUACUUUUUAUAAAUGUUUCUAUGUAUAAAUCUGCACUUGGUAUGUGCACAUGUGCUUUUGUAAUGUUUCCGUUUGAAUGAGACAACAGAUGAAAUAUUUUUGCUGAGUUCUUCUUUCAUUUUGUUAUUGGCUUCUCUCUCUUUUUGUUUAUGGUAUUUCAGAUAGUUGGAUAAUAGACAACAAACUGUUCAUUUCAUUAUAUUUACUUCAAACUAGAAGCAUUUCAUUUAUCUCUCUUAUUCUCUAUGCAUCAUCUUUAGUGAUUCUUAUCUUUAAGAUUGUUGAAGACCGGUUUACAGAUAUACAGUAUAGUAUUAACUGCCAUCAUAGUCAAUGCUUAUCAUCAUUAUUAUAUUUAAUACUUUUCGUAAAACAAAAAAAACAUUGCGUUUAUUACAGCUUACGAUUGUUAAUUUGUUACGAAAACUGAAUACUUUUUUUUCUAGGUUGUUCUUCCUGUCAUCAUAAAUUGUCCAUUUGAUAUACGAUUUAGUGUGUUUGUGUGUGUGUGUGUGUAUAUGUGAAUUAUUUAUUCUAAAACUUUAUCAUAAUAACAUCGCUAUAAUUACCAUAGUUCACUACAGUGUUCUAUGUUUUUGCUUUUCCUUUUUGAUGAGUAGCUCCCAACUCUUUCUUUUCUUCUUAUCUGGAUAUUAUUAUUUUCUAUAAAAGUAAAACUAUAUUGCAUUUCAUUACAAUUUUAUGGCGUAACCACAUAUUCUGAUGAGAUUCCUCUUUAUCUCUAUUAAAAUGUGUAGAACUCUUUGUUACUUAUCAUUGUUGCUAACAUCGGUAUUAUUUUAUCGUUUACUACUUCAUAUAUAUAUCAUUAUUCUACUGGUGGAUUUUCAUCGUGUUUUUUUUAUAAAAAAAAACUAUAUUCCUAACAUCAUAUAGAAUGAUACUUCAACUCGUGUUCUUUUUUUGUUCUUUUUUCAUUUGAAUAAACGGAGUUGUAACAACAGAACUCAUUGUGCUGUUUAAAAGGAUUUUAACUGAAGAAAAUUAGGAGACGAUGACUAGUAAAUGUAUUUGUUCACAGUAAAACAAGUUCAUAUUAUGAUUACUCCUUCUUAUAUGUAGUUCCUCGAUAAAUACAUAAUAGUAUUUCAUGGACUCAAUGGUCUAUAUUUCAUCAAAGUAUGAAUUGUGUUUUAUCAAUUAUAUCAUGAAUUUACCUGUCUUAAAGAUUUCAUUGAUUAUUCAAACAUAAAACUGUCCGAUUUACUUUAUGUACAGUAGGAUGAUAAUUAUAAUUUCCAUUAGUAAAAACGUAAUCAACUUCG